AUUCACUAUUAGAUAGAACAAGAACAUUUUAUUUCAUAAAUUUAUAGCUCGUUAUUCUGUUAUAGUUAUACGAUAUUAAUAUGGCGUUUAUACUUCCAGAUAAUAUACUAGAGACUUUACUUUGCAGUUUUUGUCAUAAAUAUUUAUCUGUGAAACCCGUAAAAGUUUAUCCAAACAGGCUUAUACAAUGUGGAAGAUGUGUUGAUAAUAAGGAACAUUCAAUCUAUAAAUCAGAAGGAGUAGAAUCACUAUAUGGAAAAAUGGCUGAAAACAUUUUAUUUAAAUGUGUUAACAGGUUUGAUGGUUGUCGACAUUUGUUAACAUAUUCCCAAGUGCGAGAUCAUGAACAGGUAUGCCUGGAAAAAAUUCACAAGUGUCCAAUUUGUGAUGAAGAAAUGGCGAGUUUUCUGAUGCUUCGCCACUUUCGUACCAAACAUAAAGAUGCUAUACUGAAUUGUCCAGCGUUUAUUUUCAACUUGAAUGAUCAAUCAGAAAUGCCUAGUGUUUAUGUAUAUCAGGAAGAAGAUAAUUUGUUUUUUCUGUAUAUUAGUUAUAGUAACUAGGAAAAUACAAUAAAAUUAGAUUUGGUUUGCGUUGGGAGUUAUAAACUCGCUAAAAAUAUAUACCAUGAAGUUACUGUAAGUAGUGAAAACAAAGAAUUUGAUAUUGUAUUGGACACAAAACCAUGCACUGAUGAUUCUUUUGUUGUGGAUAUAUCGCAUAUGUCAAAUUUGAUACAAAUUAAAUUUAAAUUAAUUGACCGCAAUCUAAAAGUUUUGACAGCUCCAGAAACUAGUAAUGUGGUGAAAAAACCUUUGAGGAAAAGUAUAUUCGGCACUCUCGGAAGUCAAAUUGAACACCGAUCAGAAUUCAAUCUAAAAUGUGCCAUAUGCCAAACGUAUUGCAUUUUUUCAUUUUCUUCAUGUCCAGUUACGUAUUACUACAUUUACGAAGACAAUAAGAUAGUAUGUUACUAUUGUACUAAGUGCUUCAAAUUAUUUUUUGCUACUGGUAAAUUAAGUAAAAGAACAAUUCCCACUAAUAUACUUGAAACAAUAAAGUUUUUCAAAUGGUAUUGUAGUGGUUGUUGUAACGAGAUUGAAUUUUCAGAUAUGCAAUCACAUGAAAUAAUCUGUAAAGGAGGUAGACAACAUACUUGCCCUAUAAAAUAUUGUUUUGAAAAAGGAACUGCAAACAAAAUGACCGAACAUUUGAAAGAUUGGCAUGGGAAAAUCGCAUUUGGGUCUCACUUUAAACUGCCUACAAAUUUUGGAAGCUGUUAUAUAUUUGUAAGAGAGCAUAUUGUACGUUUACGUGUAACUAGUGAAUUCAGUUUAACAUCAAGUCUUGACCAUGGAUCUGUUCACGUGGAACUAGUAACAAAAAAUGAUGGAGAUGACCACAUAAGCCCAUAUGCUUUGUUUUGUAAUAAAAAGAAUGAAAUUAUAACGGAUUAUUCCAAGUUAGCAUCUUCCAGUGAAGUAUUUGUAAAAGUUGUUGUAGCCUAGGUAUAAAAUACUAAACAUAGUUUCAAAAGUUAUGCAUCACCUAAAAUUAUGUUGAUUUUUUCAUGAACAAAUUAACUGAUUCCCCUAUUUUGUUUAUUAUAGUAGAUUUUUCUCUGGUAUUUACAUAGUUGAGCAGAGGUUCACUAAAACUUCUUUUUUUUACUUAUACUGGGAGGAAGAAAACAAAUGUUUUUCUUAUGUUAAGUUUGAAAAACUCUGAGUAUGCAUUGAAAUCAUGUUGUAGUCUUAUGUUUUGUGAUCAUUCUGUUUUUUAAAUGUCCCUGAUAUCUUUAGAAACAAAGAAAAAGACUGUUUUA